ACCCGUUUUCCCGCGUGGAGGUUGCCCCAUGUGGCGCCAAUUUAAGUUCUUGCUUGGCUGAACUCUACUCCCCACCCUGACCCUACUUGACCUUGACCUGUCUUUCUCUCUUCCUUCUCCAUCCAACCGGUUACGCCUUCAACUGACUUGAUAUAUAGAACACCCAUCAACUAGGGUUGUCCCUAUUAAAACCGAGUGCAACACACCAAAAGUUAACGCCCAACUCUCUACACACGAACCAUAACGAACCCAUAAACCCAAAAUGAGCGAAUCCCUCAUCCCAAUAAUCUGUCUUCACGACAUCCCAGCUCAAGUUCUCACCUCAAUUAUCACAAAAGCUUACGCGCAAGCCAUCGAUAUAAACUCACCCCCAACGCUCCUACUCAUAGAAAAUACCGGAGACGCGCUAUGUAGAUACACCCAUGACGAUGCGACGUAUCCUCCUGUUGAUUCUUCAUAUAAAUCACCCUUUCUGGGGUGGGAGGUUAAUGAGGUAGUUCGGUUCUUGCGUGAGUAUGCGACGGGGACUGUUGUGGAUGAAUUUGUGUUUCUGAUUGGGGAUUGGAGGACCCUGGAGGAUGAAUCGCUUUUGUUAGUGAAGCGUCUUGGGGAGGGGGAGUUGGUGGAGUCUGUUAGAGUUGCUGCGGAGUUUGUUAAUACCAAAGCUGUGGCUGUGGCUGUUGCUGUGACUGAUGUGUGGGAGUUACGGGGCUUGGUUGAUGGGGAUGGAGUGUUUAGAGGUGGGCGUGGUAAUGGGGAGAACUCGUUGCUGAGAAAGGGGAGGAAGGCGCCGAGGAAACAGCUGUAGAAGCUCUUGUGGUAGGGAAAUGAACGGUCUGGAUAGAGACUUCUGUCGAUUAUGUGAGGCUCAGCCAGGCUAGAGACCAGCUGAGUUUUCCAUAACUAUGUUGGGGAUGGCCUUCGGUACGUUUGAUUAAAGUAUGGCACGCUAACAGCUGUUUCCUAGAUGGGGCAUAUGGCCGAUAUGAUUAUGGCAUGUAUGGUUCCUGUGUGGG